AUGAAUAGCAAUAAUAACAAGAUUGGAAAGAGUAAGAAAAUGUCAGGAAACAAGCUGACCAUUGUGCUGGAACAACAGCCAGCAAUGAGCAUAUCUAAACAUGUGAUAGUUCAGAAAGGCAUGCAUGUGGUAGAUCAGACAUUUCAAUAUCCUUCUCAUUCACAACAAUGUGUUAGAAGCAAUAAUGCAUGUAUGAGCAGUGUUAGCAGUGGAUCUCCUAAGAGCAGCAGCUCUGCAUCGAAUCUAAGUGCAAAUGUUUGGCAACAUGUCAGUAAUAGAAACUUACCUACUGUUGGUUCAUCUAAUAAUACAACACCUACCAUCACCAAAUGGAGAUGCACAUCAUCAACUUUUGCUAAUUAUAUUGUGGAAACGAAUUCAUUCAAUUCAGUGGAAAAGAAGAGAGUCAUCUCUGAAAAGGAAAUUCUUGGAGUUUUGCAUUUAUCACAACAAAAGGCAUGCAAACAACUUAAUUGCAGUCUUUCCACACUCAAGAGAAGAUUCUAUGAAUUGAAGGAUGGUUUUGGAUUGGAAAGAUGGCCUCAAUAUUUCUUUGAAAUUCGUCACUUGCCAAUUUUCAAAAAGAUUUAUCCAAUGAAUUUACAAUUCAUUCUCAACAGUGAUGAGGAAUAG